AUGGAAAAAAUUAACAACAUAAUUACAACUACUCCAACAGAAAAGUUACUCACCACUCUUAGACCACACAACCGGUUAGAUGUGUUGGUGUGUCUCUAUACACAAAAGAAAUUUUCUUUUUUUUUCUCGCUAUUACUUGAAAGCGAAGUAACAACGGUUGUCGAGCAUCUUUUGAUAAGUGUGUGCUCUUUACAAAUUGAAACAGAACAAAUAAUCAGACUUUUUACUGUAUUACUUGGACGUAAUGUUGAGAUUCAAGUCAUCUUGAAAAGUGUACAAAUUGGUGCGUAUAAGAACGCGGAACCAAGAAAACAACACACAGAACUUCUAAAACUAUUUCACAUUGCUCACCGACAAGCAACAGACGCUUCUCUUCUUUUCCACGAAAAUUUCACAGAACUUCAAAAAGUGAUCACUGCAGCACCAAAGAAGAACUGGAUUCAGACACAAGCGUACCCCACAGUGACUGUGAAUGGAACUUGUGUUAUUUGCAAGGCACCACUCUUCGACGGGCAGAGUGUCACCGUCUUACCGUGUGGCCACGGAAUCCACGCAGCUUGUGCAGACUACAUGAACGAUUCUUCUCCGGUCUGCAGAAAGUGCCUUUCAGAACAAGCUUAUCCACUUAUUGCAUAG